AUGCCCCAAUGUGGCACGGAAAAACAUGUAUCUGCACCUCCUUCUUACACCGGUCCAUUUGUUGCCGUUGUCGUGGAUCUGGACGGGACGAUACUUGACGACAACCACCGUGUAAGUGACGUUACAAAGGCAACUCUUUACGAAGUUGCGUCAUGUGGUGUGCACAUCAUCAUUGCCACUGGCCGUCCUCGUGAGGGUGUGGCAGCCAUAGAGCAAGAGCUCAAUAGUUAUUUCCGUUGCAACAGCCGUGUGCCUGGGCGUGCCACUUCUUUGGCAGAGGUUAAGGGAUUUCAUUUGGUGGCGUCAAAUGGCGCGCGGAUUUACAACACAACGGGGGAACUCAUCUCCGCAGAGAGUAUUGAUAAUAGUGUCGUUCGUGCUAUAUAUGAGCGCGUUACGGAGUCGAAUAUCAAUGCCAACAGUGAAGACUCUAUGCUGGUGUCUGUCCACCAGACGGGCGCGUGGUGGGUAAAUAACGUACUACCUGAAGAAUGGCUGCGGCGUAAGUAUGGAACCCUGCCGGAGGUGCGGCAAAACCUCUCGGAUUUUCCAACGGAUGGUGUUGGAAAAAUAUGCCUUCGAUCCUUUAAUGAAGGCACGCUUCGCACGUUCCAAAAGGAGCUAGAUACGAAGUACGAGCACUACAUAACGACCGUCAUGACAUCUGAUCAUUGCUUGGAUAUUAUGCCGAAAGGAGUUUCGAAGGCAUCGGCCUUGAGGAUGGUUGGGGAAAUUUUGAACUUUGAGCCACAUCGGGAUGCCAUUGCAUUUGGUGAUAGUCUCAACGAUAGGGACAUGUUAGAGAGUGUGGCUAAAGGGUGUAUAAUGAAAAAUGGGAAGAAUGAACUGAAAGAGCUGUUGCCUCAUGUGGAGGUAGUUGGUUGCAAUGAGGAGGAUGGAGUGGCGCAUAAGUUACGUGAAGUGUUUCUGCUGAGCUAG